UCACUUCCGGACCGCUACGUAUGUUGUCAUAGCGACCAUUUUACGUUAACUGGUUUGUAGUGUCUAACCCCGGGGCCAGGCGAUUGCGGGGACCGUGUUGCCCGCAUUCCCAGUCGCUUCCUGCGGCCGAAAGGCCAGACUGGGCCGGGGGAAUCCGGCCUAGGCGUCCGCGUCGCCCGGUGCGAGCGGGAUGGCUGCGGAAGAAGAGGACGAAGUGGAAUGGGUGGUGGAGAGCAUCGCUGGGUUCCUGAGGGGCCCGGAUUGGUCUAUACCUAUCUUAGACUUUGUGGAGCAGAAAUGCGAAGUUUUUGAUGAUGAAGAAGAAAGCAAGUUGACCUAUACAGAAAUCCAUCAAGAGUACAAAGAGCUGGUUGAAAAGCUGUUAGAAAGUUACCUCAAAGAAAUUGGAAUUAAUGAAGAUCAGUUUCAAGAAGCAUGCACUUCCCCUCUGGCAAAGACGCGCACAUCACAGGCCAUUUUGCAGCCUGUGUUGGCAGCAGAAGAUUUUACUAUCUUUAAAGCAAUGAUGGUCCAGAAGAACAUUGAAAUGCAGCUUCAAGCCAUCCGAAUAAUCCAGGAGAGAAAUGGUGUGUUACCUGACUGCUUAACUGACGGUGCAGAUGUGGUCAGUGAUCUUGAACAAGAAGAGAUGAAAAUUCUAAGAGAGGUCCUCAGAAAAUCAAAAGAAGAAUAUGACCAGGAGGAGGAAAGGAAACGAAAAAAGCAGUCAUCAGAGGGUAAAAUGGAAGAACCGCCCAUAUACACUAGCGAAACUGCAAAACUGACUAACUCCCAAGGGGAUGGUGAGCACUUUGUACAGCAGUCCUCAGAAGUUAAAGUGCAUUUUACUAAUCAGUCAGUACAACCCUUGGCAAGAAAGAUGGAGUUGUUGCCUGAAACUUCCUCACUCACACAGAAAGGUCUGAAGAUCCCUGGCUUGGAGCAUGCAAGCAUGGAAGGACCAAUAGCAAAUUUGUCAGCACUUGGAACAGAAGAGUUACGUCAACGAGAGCACUAUCUCAAGCAGAAGAGAGAUAAGCUGAUGUCCAUGAGAAAGGAUAUGAGGGCAAAGCAGAUCCAGAAUACUGAGCAAAAAGGAAAGCCUACCAGGGAGGUGGAGGAAAUGACAGAGAAGCCAGAAAUGACAGCAGAGGAGAAACAAACUUUACUAAAGAGGCGAUUGCUUGCAGAGAAACUUAAAGAAGAAGUUAUUAAUAAGUAAUGUGAAAAACUAGCAAAACAGAAACCCAAAUUUUCUUAAAAAUAAAUUAUUUAAUCCUUAAAGACUAUUAGUUUCAAGCAAAUACUUGGUUUUCAAAAUGCAACUGUGAACUAUUAUUAAACAGGUAAAGGGCAAGAGGUAUGGCGGUGCAUGCCUAUAAUCCUAGCACCCAUGCUAGGAUGCUGAAGGAGGAGGAUCAGGAGCUCUUGGUCCUUUCCAGUGUCAGAGCAAAUUGGAGGCCAGCCUAGGUUACAUGAAUCUGUCUCAAAUAACCAAAAUAAAUAAAUUUAAAAA